GAAAUGCACAUAAGUAUUACGCAUAGUAAAAACGGUGACAUGCGACAUGGGAAUGAAAGUAGAGUAGUAUAUAGACAAUAUAUAUAUAUAUUUUUAUAAAUAAUGGUGUAAUGCUAUUGGAUCAUAUAUUAUAUAAUUGAUAAAUAUUCUGGACAUAAUUGAGAAGAAAGGACCACAGAAUUAUAAAUUGUGAUCUCAAACUGAACUCUCAUAUAUAUAUAUAUAUAUAUAUAUAGUAUUGUUUAAAAGAGGGAGCAGAGUGUACUUUUUCUGACUUGCACAAGGUUUUGUUUCUGAGAAGAGGGAAAGAUCAUUGGUGUUGAAGAAUAAUAAUAAUAAUAUGGAAGAUGGGGUUUGUUCUAGAAUAUAUGUAAAAGGGGGAGGAGGAUGCGGCGGAGAGAGCGGCGGAGGCGGAGGAAAAGGGAGUGGAAGUAGCAAAUGUGGGAGAUGGAAUCCAACAGCAGAACAAGUAAAAGUGCUGACAGAGCUGUUCAGGUCAGGGCUUAGAACUCCGAGUAGUGAUCAGAUUCAGAAAAUCUCUCAUCAUCUCAGCUUUUACGGCAAGAUCGAGAGCAAGAAUGUGUUUUACUGGUUUCAGAAUCAUAAAGCUCGUGAGAGACAAAAGCGUCGUAAACUUUCACUUCCUCAACAACAACAACAACAUUUCAUUCCUCCAACUUCUUCUAACCAUCAACGUAUGUUUGUUUCUCAUCUCCUUUUUAUAUCUCAAUCCGUUUGAAAUUACUUUCUAAGGACUUAAAAGCACGAAUGAUCUAGA